CCCCCGGUAGGGUGGGACGCGGUCACAUGCGCACGGGGCGGGACCCGGGGCCAUAAAAGCGAAGGGGGGAGCGGCCUCGAAAGGAGCGUCGUGGGUAGCAUUGAGCUGAUUUUUGGGGGUGCUGCCCUCCUGCUCUGCCCCGCCAUGGCCGCCAGCGAGGAUGGCACAGCGCAGCCCAAAGCUGAGGAGCAGCAGCAGAGCAUCGGGACGAGGGUGGCCAGCCUGCCCCUGGUGAGCUCCGCCUGCGGCAUCGUGUCCAGUGCCUACAGCUCCACCAAGGAGAGCCAUCCCUACGUCCGUUCCGUGUGUGAUGCUGCUGAGAAGGGGGUGAGGACUCUGACAGCAGCAGCCUUCAGUGGGGCGCAGCCCAUCCUCACCAAGCUGGAGCCACAGAUAUCCACUGCUAAUGAAUACGCGUGCAAAGGGCUGGAUAAGCUGGAGGAGAAGCUGCCCAUCCUGCAGCAGCCCACUGAGAAGCUCAUCUCAGACACCAAGCAGCUGGUGACAUCCACAGUGACGGGGGCCAGGGAUGUCCUGACCUCCACUGUGGCCGGAGCCAAGGAUGCAGUGAGCAGCCGUGUGACAGGAGUGAUGGAUAUGACCAAAGGAGCCGUGCAAGGCAGCGUGGAGCUGACCAAAUCAGCGGUGAGCAGCGGUGUCACCACCGUGAUGGGCUCCACCGUGGGCCAAAUGGUGGCCAGUGGGGUGGGCUCUGUGCUGGACAAGUCUGAGGAGCUGGUGGACCACUACCUGCCUAUGACAGAUGAGGAGCUGGCUAAGCUUGCCACGGCUGUGGAGGGCUUUGAACCAGAGCAGCAGAAGAAGCAGCAGAGCUACUUUGUACGCCUGGGCUCUCUGUCAUCCAAAUUGCAGCACCGUGCCUUCCAGCACUCCCUGGGCAAGCUGCAGAGCGCCCGUGCCAGCAGCCAAGACGUGCUGGGCCAGCUCCAGCGUGCCCUCGACCUGGUGGAGCAUCUCAAGCAAGGCGUGGACCAGAAGCUGCAGGGAGGGCAGGAGAAGCUGCAGCAGCUGUGGUUGGAGUGGAGCACCAAGCAGCCCAGUGGCAGCAAGGAGUUGGUGCCACCAGCAACAGUGGAAUCAGGUGUGCUGGCCCUUCUGCAGGGCUUGGCUCAGCAGCUGCACAGCACCUGCCAGCCCUUGGUGUGCAGCCUGCAGGGUCUCCCUGCUGGCAUCCAGGACACGGCAGCACAGGUCCGACACAACGUGGAGGAGCUCCGUGCCAACCUGACUUCAGCCACGUCCCUGCAGGAGCUGACAGGCAGUGCAGUGACACGGGCACGUGCCCACGCUACCAAAGCCCGGGAGCUGAUGGAUGAGCUGGUGGAGCACGUGGCACACAACACACCCCUGUCCUGGCUGGUGGGGCCUUUUGCUCCAUCCAUGCAGCAGGGGCAGAGCGUGCAGGAGAAAUAGCAGCACCUGGGAUGAGGAUGGAAGUGUUCCAAGCUGAAAUCAGAGCUCCUACUAACCCAUCCCUGCCCAAGUACCCAUUAACUUCCCUCCCUGACCAUCCCAAGUGCCAGCAAAGUGCCUUAGCUUCCCCCAGUGCCUAUGGCUGCUCCAGCCCUUGUUGGCCAGCUCUCCAUCUUCUCUAGCCUCCACUUGUCACCUCUGGUGCCUUCAGGCCCUUGCUCUUCCCAUCUUUGCAGCUGCGUCUGCCCCCAGUUGUGGUGCCUGUGGGGAGGGGGCUGUGGCUUGGGGUGGGUAAAGCAAUAAACUCAGUUUAGUUUUGCAAUGGUCUAAGCCUUCUUGGGGGAACUGGGGCUGGUAGGGUUGGGAAGCUCGGUUUCACCUCAGGAUCUGCCCUGCUUAUCUCCUUGCUGCUACUUAAAGUCCUUCCUGGGGCCUUUGCUGGAAGGAGGAAUGAGGGCACGUGGUCCUGUCUGGUCUUCCAGGGGUGGGGGCUUCCAAUAAUGGCACCAGCAGGGGGUACUGAGCUCCAUGCUGGGCCUCCACUACCCCCAAUGCUGUACAGAGCCCAGGGCUGAGGGGUUGAAACUAGAAAAUCAUUAUAGUCUGUUUCAACCCAGGCCAUUCUAUGAUUCUGAAGGUCAGGGGCUCUCGGGGAGUACAGACCUCUGGGUCUCAUUUCCAGUACCUGCCCAGAUCUGGUCCACAACAUGUAUCUGACUUUUAGCUCACCCGUAAGUGGUGCUCACAGAAGCCCCUUGCUGGGAUGACGCACAGUUUGGCCAACCCAAGACCUGACUUCCCAAAAAUUGGGCAAGAAGGAAGCAAGGUUUAUUUGGGUUUUGUUUAUGGAAGGGUGGAACAUGAAAUAAACCCUGGAAAAGAGCACAGACUCCCCAGAGUAUGGUUACAGCAAUACCAGCCUGGGAUCAGGGCACACCACCCUGUGUUGGCACUGCCUGAGCCAUGGCCCAAACAGGACACGAGGACACAGCAUCUGGUUGAGCUGGGAACAUCUUUAUUUUGUAUGUACAAAAGCUUCAGAUUUCUUGCAAAAGAGCAGAAAGACGGACAGGCAAACAAGAUGCUGCCCAGCACAAGGCAGGAUGCUGCCACUGAUGAGUCCCCCAGCCAACACAGGGGAGAAUACACAAUUUCACUGUGCUUACCCAAAGGCAGAUGCCAGCCCUGCUGGAGUGGAGGGACCAGGCUCCAGCAGCUGCAACCACAGGAGAAAGGGGCUCAGAACAACAGAGUGAGGAUCUGCCACUGAGGGGAGAAGUCCUUCCCUAGUGGGGCUGCACUCAGCACCAGCACUGGAAAAUGAAGAAGGAAGGGUGGGAGCACAGCCAGGCCCCACCAUCCCCCCUUGGGGACAGCUGUGGAAGGGACAGGGCCAACUCUGGGUGUUCAACCCAGCUCAGGGCCCAAGGGAAUAGGGAGCCUUGAGGAUUUGCUCUGGUCCCAGCCCUGGGCAGGGACAAAGGGAUGAGGGAGGCUCCUGCCCACCCUUAGUCACAGUCAACGAUGCCUUAAGAAAAAGACACUAUGGCUCUUUGUGUUUUUCAUUAAAAAACCCUUUAUAUUCAUUUCAUGUCGGUUGAAAUCACAAGAAAUUAGGUUUGAGGGGGUUGGGGGGAGGAAGAAGGAAAAAAAAAAAAAAAAAAGAAGGG